AUGUCUUCAAAGUGCCGCCGCGUGGUCCGCUAUUCAGUCACCAACAACGUCUGCUGUCCACCAGCAGUGUAUUCAUAUUACACAUGCCCAUCCUACUACCUCUACUAUCCGCCGCCCGUCGUCGUGGCCUAUCCAACCGUCUGCUGGACGCCCACUGCCGCCUGUGUAGCACGUUUCCAUGCCGCCGGUGCUUGCCCGGCACUGGUAGUUUCCGGCAUCGACUGGCCACAUGGUCAUCACUGCCAUGGUUGUCAACAUUACCUGCAGGACCAGAACACAUCCUCGUCCACUUCGCCAACACCGGCCGAACUCACGUCGCCUCGCAUUGAAGAUGUGACAAUGUCUGGUGCCAAUGGCGAUGUACGUGACGGCAGCGAAGGCACUGGAGAACCUGCUGGUACAGUUGCCUCCGGCACACAAACGCCACAAUCGCCAGCCGACGAGGGCGAAGGAGGGGGCAGUGGAAAAGUAGCUGAGAAUGUCUUGUCAACUUCCCAGGCGAGUGGCAGUAAGAUAAGGAGCAAGAGCCGAAGCAAGACAGCAAGCAAAAGUGGGAGCAAGAGUGGCAGCAGGGCAGGAUCUGAAUAG